GCAGGACCUGUGUAUUUAACUAAUUGGGAGGUGACCUGAGAUCAGAGGCCCCUGCCACUUCCUCCCACCGCAGCAGGCUCCUGUGCCCCGUGCCCCCUGCUUACCUGCCCCAGGAUGAAACCUCCCCUUGCCCUGGCCUUCCUUUACCUGCUGGUGUCCCCAACCGGCGGGAACCUGGUCCAGUUUGGAGUGAUGAUCGAGAGGAUCACGGGGAAGUCUGCGCUGCAGUACAAUGACUAUGGUUGCUACUGUGGUGUCGGUGGUUCCAACUGGCCAGUGGACCAGACUGACUGGUGCUGUCACGCCCAUGACUGCUGCUAUGGACGCCUGAAGAAGCUGGGCUGUGAGCCCAAGCUGGAAAAGUACCUCUUCUCUGUUGGUCGGGACACCAUCUCCUGUGCUGGUAGGAGCUCUUGCCAGCGGCAGACCUGUGAGUGUGACAGAAGGGCCGCGCUCUGCUUCCGCCACAACCUGGGCACGUACAACCGCAAGAAGUGUGGUCCCAUGGCGCCCUCUGGUGUCCAUCUGCUUAGAUGGUUAGGAAGACUAUCACCGGCUCUGGUUUAUACCGGGGUUUCCUAACCUUUAUCAGGUGGGCAAAGUGCAUGCUGGGCUAGCGACGCUCUCAACAGUUAAUAUGCCAAGAGACCACCGAAGGCGGCCUCAAUAGGAUGACGAUGGACCUAAUGAAAUGGGCAAGUCCAGCAAUGGAGGUUGCAGGGUGCCAUUCGGGCGGGAAGGCCAGAGGUUAUUUCUGGGCAUGGUUUGAUUUGAGGUACAAUGGGAUGUUCUUGACAGAUUUAUAAUGGUAUAACUAUCCCAUAAGUGAGAGACAUGAAAACAGGACUCCUGAGUAAGCAGCCUGCAGUGACCCAGCUCCUACCUUAGACCAGGCCGUGAGCCUGUGGGCCAGAGGGCCUUUCUGUUUUCCCAGGUCUCAAUAAAUAUCCAACGAGUGAGCUGAGGAAUCUGUAUAGAUCCCAUUUGCAUGUGUGUGACCUCGGUACAAACACUGGACACCGGAGCUCAAGACUUGUGGAAAUGGCUGGCAAAAAAAAAAAAAAAAACCUGACCUUGAAGUACACACCUGUGUCCUUCCACUUCCCAGAAGCAGAGUCUAGGGCAGUGGUUCUCAACCUGUGGGUCCUUCGGCCCCUUCAGGAGUUGCAUAUCGGAUAUUUACAUUAUGGUUCAUAACAGCAGCAAAAUUACAGUUAGGAAGUAGCCAUCAAAAUAAUUUUAUGGUCGGGGUCAGGACCACAUGAGGAACUAGCUAUAUUAAAGGGUCACCACGUUAGGACCAUUGAGAAUUAUUGCCCCAGGUCCCUGAUUCUCCAGGAGGCUGAUGGACAGACAGCAGCAGCAGCUGCAGCUGUGACAGUGGGAGCCACAUGGCUAUCGAUGUCAGCCCUGAUGCCAGGCCUGCUGUAGCAGAGUCACUAGGUUAACAGGACCCUCAGGUGUGUAGGAAACCUAGAAGCUGCCAACUGUCACAACCUAAGUGUCGGCACAAGUAAGAUGGAACAGCACAACAACCCUGUGCUAAGGUUCAGUUAAAUAUAUAUAAAGUACGUUUAUAUGCCUACCAUAUAAACAGGCACUUGUGUCCUAAGAACUGAUGGCUGUCAGAAUAGCAAUGCUACCUAACAUUAAGCAGUUGGCAUUUACAGAAUAGCCCUUGAGUGCUUUACGUGAAUUCGAUGGAUGGAUGGAUGGA